CUCUUCUAUUUCACCAAUGGCUCCAAAAGUGGCAAAAGCAUAUCAACCGCCAAAGGACCGCAUUUCCAAAUCCAGAGUCUUCAGCUCCGCUGUAAUAACACUCUUGGUCUUGGGUCUCUUGCUCUUGUGGGGUUACAACUUUCUUUGGGCCAUCAGAGUAGUACGAUUCAAUUAUUAUGGGAGUCUUUUGCUCAAUUUUGUGAUUGCAAUUGGAAGUCUCAUUGCCAAUGCAACAAUCAGCUUACGGGUCUUACGGUAUUUAAAUGAAACGUUAAUCGGCGACAAAAUCGAUGCCGACCACAAAAAAUAUAUUUAAUAUACAUCUACUUUU